UUACAUCUUCUAGUCAGCUCGAAAGAAGAGUCAUUAGAGGCUCUCAGGGUCUUGGUCGAGCAUGGCGCAGAUAUAAACGCUAUUGGGAAAGAGGGUUGGUCUGUAUUGCACUGUGUGGCACGUUGCACUCCAAAACCCUUUGAGUCCAUUCGGUUCUUGCUACAGAGUGGCGUAGAUCCUAGAGUGAAGGCCGACAACGGCUGGAAUGCGUUACAUUUCUUAGCCAACUAUUGCUUGGACCCAGCGGAGAGCAUGCGUCUAUUGCUUGAGGCCGAACCAACUGGAGCAGAUGUGAACGCG